AUGUCACCGUUGUUGAAGGAGUAUCUAGGCCGCCGGGUCGUGGUGGUUACCACGGACGGGGGCUGUCUGGUGGCCACGCUGGAGGGCUUCGACAAGACCGCCAACCUCCUGCUGUCGGACGUCAGACAGCGCGCCACCGGCGAGGGCCUGGCGGCGGCGUUCCUCCUACAGGGCUCGCAGAUCGUGUGCUGCGGCCCGCUGGAGGGCGGCGGGCCCGAGCAGGAGCCCCAGGCGGCGGCGCUGCGCGACACGCGCAACGUCGUCGCGCGGGAACACGACAUCUGGGCGCGGGCGUGGCAGGCGCGGCAGGCGCGCGAGUAG